AUGUGUCUCCGUGCUCUGUGCUGGGUGUCCCUAGCAACCUGCGUGGUUUGGGGGCACCCAUCCUCACCACCUGUGGUGGACACUGUUCAUGGCAAAGUCCUGGGGAAGUAUGCCAGCUUAGAAGGAUUCACACAGCCUGUGGCUGUCUUCCUGGGAGUCCCCUUUGCCAAGCCUCCUCUUGGAUCCCUGAGGUUUGCUCCACCACAGCCUGCAGAACCUUGGAGCUUUGUGAAGAACGCCACCUCCUACCCUCCUAUGUGCUCCCAAGAUGCAGUGAAAGGGCAGAGGGUCAAUGACCUCCUAACCAACAGAAAGGAGAAAAUUCAUCUCGAGUUUUCCGAAGACUGUCUCUAUCUGAAUAUUUACACUCCUGCCGACUUGACAAAGAGCAGCCGGCUGCCGGUGAUGGUGUGGAUCCACGGAGGUGGACUGACAUUGGGUGGGGCGUCCACCUAUGAUGGACUGGCCCUCUCUGCACAUGAAAAUGUGGUAGUGGUGACCAUUCAGUACCGCCUGAGCAUCUGGGGAUUCUUCAGCACAGGAGAUGAACACAGCCGGGGAAACUGGGGUCAUUUGGACCAGGUGGCUGCACUGCGCUGGGUUCAAGACAACAUUGCCAACUUUGGAGGGGACCCAGACUCUGUGACCAUCUUUGGAGAGUCAGCAGGAGGUUUCAGUGUCUCCGUUCUUGUGUUGUCUCCCUUGGCUAAGAACCUCUUCCACAGGGCCAUUUCUGAGAGUGGUGUGAUUAUCACUCCCGGUUUGUUUACCACAGAUGUCAGGACAAUCACUGAGAAAGUUGCUGUCAUGGCUGGGUGCAAAACCACCACAUCUGCUGUCCUUGUUCACUGCCUGCGCCAGAAGACGGAGGACGAGCUCUUGGAGGUCAUGCAGAAAAUGAGUCUGUUUAAACUCAAUUUACAAGGAGACACCAAAGAGAGCAAUCCUUUUUUACCAACUGUGCUUGAUGGAAUGGUGCUGCCAAAGACACCAGAAGAGAUCCUGGCCAAGAAGAAUUUCAACACUGUGCCCUACAUUGUGGGAAUCAACAAGCAAGAGUUUGGCUGGCUUCUGCCAACAAUGAUGGGAUUUCCACAAACUGAUGUAAAAUGGGACAGGAAGAUGGCCAUCACAUUCCUGCAGAAAUUGUCUCCCAAUUUGGGAAUACAUGAGGAUGCAGUUCCCGUUGCCUUUGAGAAGUAUGUAAGAGGUAGCAAUGAGCCAGACAAAAUUAGAGACGGAAUCUUGGAGUACGUUGGAGAUGUGACAUUUUGUAUCCCAUCAGUGAUUGUGGCUCGUGGUCACAGAGAUACUGGCGCUCCAACCUACAUGUAUGAGUUUCAGUACCAUCCAAGCUUCUCAUCACACGCGAGACCCAAGAACGUAGUCGGAGAUCACGGAGAUGAAGUCUACUCUGUAUUGGGUGCCCCCAUUUUAAGAGGCGGCACCUCUGAAGAGGAGAUCCGUCUCAGCAGGAUGGUGAUGAAAUUCUGGGCCAACUUUGCUCGAAAUGGGAACCCUAAUGGCGAAGGGCUGCCCCACUGGCCAGAGUAUGAUCAGAAGGAAGGCUACCUGAAGAUUGGUGCUACUACUCAGCAAGCCCAGAGACUGAAAGGGGAAGAAGUGACUUUGUGGACUGAGCGCCUGACCAAGAAACAACUCCAGCCAGACCACAGUGAGCUGUGAAUGCAAG